UACCGUAAAACUUUUUAAAGGUCCGUUAUCUGAGCACGAGGAGCUAACACAGUUGGUUAACCCUGUGUAAAGUUCUGUUUGUGGUUCCUUUUCAAUUAGCGGUUACAGUACCGGUACCGGUAAUUGAAGCUACCGGUUUCUGCCUCGAGAAAGAUAAAAAAAAAAAAAAAAAAAAAAAACAACGACGUGUUUUUGGUUUUCAUUUGAGAAGACAGUAGAGAUGAGGGUAGGAUGUGGACGCAGUGAACUCACCCCGCACUCACCGUGAACACGGAUUUAACGUUAACGGACUACCAGAGGACCAAUUUUUCAUCGUAGAGUCACAUUGUACGGAUUUAACGGAGAUUUAUUCGGUUUAUUUGACAGAUUUCCAACACUGGACCACCGCCUUCCCAGAGGCUCGUGACCAAACAUGUUCCAGUGGCUGAGUAAUAUUUUCUGGCAGGAGCGUCUCUGGUUUCCAGAAGGUUUAGGGUGGGCGGAUCUUGAAGACAGGGAUGGGCGUGUCUACGCGAAAGCGCAGGACUUGUGGGUGGGCCUGCCCAUCGCGUUUGUCUUCCUCGUACUUCGUCAGAUCUUCGAAAGGACAGUUGGCACGUAUCUGGCCUCGUUGCUGGGAAUAAAAGAGACCGUACGGAGAAAUGCAGCUCACAAUCCAACACUGGAGUCAUACUACUGUCACUCCGGGAAAUACCCAACACAGAAGUGUGUAGCGGAGUUGUGUAGGCAAAGCGGCUGUACAGAGAGGCAGCUGCAGUGUUGGUUCAGACGGAGAAGAAACCAGGACAGACCCAUCCUGAUUAAGAAGUUCAGAGAGGCCAGUUGGAGGUUUGUGAUUUAUCUCUGUGCCUUUGUUGCUGGUCUGGUCGCUCUCAUUGAUAAACCAUGGCUGUAUGAUUUGGAGGAGAUGUGGAAGGGAUUCCCAACUCUGACAGUCUUACCCUCGCAGUAUUGGUACUACAUGCUGGAGUUGGGAUUUUACUUGUCUCUGCUCUUCAGCGUGGCUUCAGAUGUCAAACGCAAAGACUUUAAAGAGCAGAUCGUCCACCAUGUUGCUACCAUCACACUGAUCAGUUUCUCCUGGUGUAUGAACUACAUCCGUGCAGGAACACUCAUCAUGUUUCUGCACGACUGCUCUGACUACCUACUGGAGUCAGCUAAGAUGUUUAACUAUGCAGGAUGGAGGAAGACGUGUAACAACAUCUUCAUUGUGUUUGCUGGGUUCUUCAUCGUCACCCGACUCGUCAUCUUCCCUUUCCGGAUCCUGUACUGUACAUGGGUGUAUCCUCUGACACUCUACCCACCGUUCUUCGGCUAUUACUUCUUUAACGGACUGCUGCUGGUGCUGCAGUGUUUACACGUGUUCUGGGCUGCACUCAUCAUCCGCAUGGCGCUGCGCUUCCUGCCCCACAAUGAGAUUGUGGAAGAUGAGAGGAGUGACAGAGACGAGACAGACGACCCCGACGAAGAGGAGGAGGAGAGGAACGGCGAGAUAAAGACGCACGGAGCGUUACUGAACGGCUACAGCAUGCACAACAACAACCACCGCUACCGCAAAACACACUAACGGAGAAACUGAGACACACGAGAGAGAGUGAGAGGUGGAAGUUCCAGUUAUUCUCUCUUCUCCUCACACACACACACACACACCACAUUACCGUGCGAGUAUGCUAUUGGUACAGACGCUGCUUGCUCCUAGCUCACCUCCAGGCCCAGAGAGGAGCCAACAAACAAACAAACAAAAAAAGAGCUCUAGCUGGAAGAUGAUGUUAUGAGGUCACAUGACCACCAUUUUGGUGCCUCCUCUUCUUUCAUUCUGUAAAAUGAACGCUCGAAUACUUUACUGCAGCAACACCAAAGUUUUCUGAAAGUUUUGUCUGUAAUUACGUGUUUAAAAAAAAAAAAAAAACUUAUGCAACACUCUGAGUUGAUAACGAAGAUGAUGAACUGCAUCAUCAUCUCAUGGUUUACUGAAUCACGUGCCUUACAUCUCCUUUCUGUCUGCAUCUGUCCAUCAUGUCUUUGUUUCUGUUUCAUUUUAAAUGAGAUGCAAACUAAUAUACAUAUUUCAUGUGUACCAAAUUGCGAAUGAGUAAAACAGUACAUCAAAACAGGAUCAUUAAAAGCUAAAACAGUGGCUGUGUCCCAAACCGCAUUAAAAACAAACAAGGCAGCGUCCCAAAUUGCGUACGACCAAAGUAAAUAGUGUUUAAUUCUGUUCAUUUUUCCUUCUCUUCCACUUCCCUCCUUGAACUCUCUCUUUUUGGUCCCUGGGUCCAAACUUACCUACAGUGUUAUUUAUUUUUUAUUAUUAUUAUUCUUGUUUACUUAACUGAAAUGUUUAUGGAUGAUGACGACCACGGAGAUAAUAAACCAAUGAGAAUCACAGCCGCUGUGAUGUGCUUUCGCGUAGACGUCUCGCAAACGUCGCGUGUGUGAAAAGAUGUGGUGGUGAAACCGUCAGCGGGAGCGGUCAACACCUCGUCCACGACCGAGGUCCACACCGGUUCGAACCGACAGGAAGGCUACUACGUAAGGCGACCAGUCAUUACGACCGCGGUGAGCGGAAAAGCAACUUGAAACGGUCGACCUCGAGGCCACGUCAGGUUUCACUCCUGUCCUCUGCAAACGGCGUCCCAUGCCAAGGAACCCAAUGCAGCUGUUUUUACAUCAGGCAGGAACAUGGCUCAUCCGGAAUCAACGUCUCCCGAUCCCAUGAUCUGGAGCAACCAUCUAUCCCUCCAUCUUAAGACAGCGAUGAGAACAGGUCGCCAAACACGUGCUUAGGGCACACCGAACUGACGUACCUGGACGGCCCUGAUUAGAUCCGGUCCUUUAUUAUGGAUUAUGAAGCAGAGAAACUCCGGAAAGAACACUACAUCCAUGGCCAGUUUGGAGCUUCAGGAUGAGAACGAGGGUUCAAACGGUGCCCAGGACUGACCUUCUCAUUGAGUAGAUUCUUAAUGGGCUAAAUAAAAUGUUACCUUUUCCUAAA